UAGUACAUUAAAAUCUGAGGAGCGCGUUUCAGGGGCUCUUCUCGUCAGUGGCGCGCAUGAUCGUUCAACAUCUUUGGAUUAAGGGUGUGUCUGUUCUUUUUGCGGGAGGGGUCGUACAAACGAAUCCAAGUGUAACAAAUAAAGAAUACUGUAAUAUUCACGCAAGUUCAUUUGCUCAUUGAUUGUAUAUGUGACUAUUAAUAUUGUGGGUAAAAGUGCUAACAUCGUAGUUUUGUGAGUGGUGUUUAUUGACAACGUAACAGUGAACAAAACCUGUUGGUGCAUGGAGUUCUGUACAAUUCGUGAUAUCUUUCCCUAAUUUCCAAGCCCCCCCUUCAUUCGACCCGAUUCCCCAUAAAGAUUCAAUCCCCUAUAGUCUCUAGUCGCUCCCGUUCAUGGCUGCGGCCCGGGGUGGGGGAAAACAAGCUGUGUAACGACGUAAAAUUUCGAAGCUUGUAUGCAGGAAUAUGUCAAGUUUAAAAAUCGUGUUGGUAAUGCACUUGCUUGCCCUACCCUUGAGAACGAUGGACUCUGAGCAAAGAAAUCAGCAGGUAUAUCAACACUAAACAAAAAGCUAAAGAAUGAAUGCCUGCUGCACUUACGCUGCCGACACAGAACAAGCAGACUUAACAUUUAUGCAAGUAGUGCGUGAGUAGCAGCUACUCACGCCACACUCAGACAUAUAUCUCUGUUUUCGCACAUGGCAGCCAUGAAGCAUGGCAAGACAAGUCAGGACGACGUAUGUUAUGUUGUCGCCAAAUAUGAUUAUGGAGCACAAGGUGCUCAAGAGUUAGAUUUACGUAAAAAUGAACGUUAUUUACUUCUUGAUGAUUCUAAACACUGGUGGAGAGUACAAAGUGCAAGAGGUCAAGCUGGCUAUGUGCCAAGUAACUAUGUUAAAAAAGAAAAACCAUCCCUUUUUGACAGUAUCAAAAAGAAAGUCAAAAAGGGCUCUGGUUCAAAAACUCUUCCAUCCAGUAACUCACCAUCUAGAGCUGUGGAAUCUCCUAUUAUGGCUAGGCGUUUGCCUGCUGAUCCAAGUGAAGCGAUAGGAACAGCAGUUGUCAAAUACAAUUAUCAAGCACAACAAGCAGAUGAGUUAUCACUUGUCAAAGGCACUAGAAUUUUAAUAUUAGAAAAAAGUAAUGAUGGGUGGUGGAGAGGUCAAAGUGGUACACAAGCAGGCUGGUUCCCAUCAAAUUAUACUCAAGAAGAAGGAGAUGCAGAUGAUACUCUUCACACAUAUGCAAUGGCAGAGAAUGUUCUUGAUAUUGUUGUGGCACUUUAUUCGUUUUCUUCUAACAAUGACCAGGAACUAUCUUUUGAAAAGGGUGAUCGUUUGGAAAUCCUUGACCGUCCACCAGCAGAUCCUGAAUGGUAUAAAGCAAGGAAUAGUCAAGGACAAAUAGGUCUUGUACCACGUAAUUAUCUUCAGGAACUCAGCGAAUAUUUAACGCAACCAUAUCGUGAACGAGGAAUGACAAGCAGUGAGAUUAGUACAGGAGAUUCUCUUGAAAGAAGGCCGGACCCCGGCGAUAGACCACACCUUAUUGGAAAACCUUGGUACUAUGGUAGCAUUUCACGUUCUCAAUGUGAUACACUAUUGAAUCAACAUGGUCAUGAUGGUGACUUUUUAAUUAGAGAUAGUGAAACAAAUGUGGGAGAUUAUUCAGUAUCUUUAAAAGCUCCAGGACGUAAUAAGCACUUUAGGGUACAUGUGGAAGGAGCGUUAUAUUGUAUUGGUCAAAGAAAAUUCCAUACAUUAGACCAAUUGGUAGACCAUUAUCAACGAGCGCCUAUUUAUACUAACAAGCAAGGUGAAAAGUUAUACUUGGUGCGCCCAUUGCCAAAAGGCAACCCCAGUAGCAAUGGUUGCUAGGUGAAUUCGUGCCAUGAGACAGUCCAUGCGCUUUUUUGGAAUGUAUCUUUGAGAUACGUGACGCCUGCCUAGUAAUAUCACAAUAUCACACAUCUCGUAUGUUUAUACAUAACAAUUAAUAUAAUUGGUGAACUCAUAUAUUAGUGUUUCUUGAUUGUUUGUCCAUUUACACGCGUAAAUAAUUUAUUACUCUAAGUAAUUGCCACCACCAGCAAUUCUUACCAUUCAUUGGAGCUUCCAUACUAUUUAGCGAACAAAGCUAAGAAAGACGAAUAAAACAUUUGUACGGCAGCUAUACGACAAUUGACUAGUUGACACACAAAGCUUCUCUUUAUAUCCAUAUGUAAUUGUAAAACACGACCGACCAUGUUAUUACAAUUAUUAAUAUAUUUACAACUACACAUAAUGUAGACUGCAAGUGUAACGAUCAAAUAACGGUUAAUUAUCAUGCAAUUACGACCGGUUAAAUGGAUCUCUACUCUGAAUCUAUUGGUAUUGAAUUAUGACAAAGACUAAGUGUUCAUUUGUGAUUUUGUAUUUAUUAGAAAUUUUUAAGUAAAUAAACUGUAUUUAAGUGUG